AUGGCUCUCACAACCUAUGAAGAACCGAAGCCAGAGCCUGAGGUUUUCAAAGAACCUCCUGAAGUUUGUGUUACGCCAUGCGACCCCUGGCCACGGCCCUAUUACAUUGAAAAAGGGCUACGUCGUGUGGCCCCGUACUACUACACCUACAAUACCUACUGCAAAGAGAGAUGGAGGGGGAAGAACCUGUUGGAUAUCUAUUCUACGGAGUUCAGAGACAGGCCAAAUGGAUACUAUAAAGCUGCCAUCGAUGGUGGACGGAUUACUAUUGACGGCAAAGUUGCUACGGCCGACAGCAUAAUAAACAACGGUCAGGUCAUCUCGCAUACAUUACAUAGACAUGAACCCCCCGUGACUAGCCGUCCGAUCAAGAUUAUUCACGAGGACGAAGAUAUUAUUGUUAUCGACAAGCCUGCCGGUAUACCAGUGCAUCCUGCUGGGAGAUACAACUACAAUUCAAUAAUCGAGAUAAUGAGAUCGGAGCGUGGGCUUGGCUGGAUUCCAUAUCCAUGCAAUAGGCUCGAUAGACUUACUUCUGGCAUCAUGUUUCUUGGAAAGCACCCCAAGGCUGCGGAACAAAUGGCGCAAUCGUUACGAUCACGAACUCUUCGAAAGGAAUACAUCGCGCGUGUAAAGGGCUAUUUCCCCGACGGGGUCGUUCUUUGCGACCAGCCGAUGCUAAAAGUCAGCCCUAUCCUUGGUUUAAAUCGAGUUAGAGCCACAGGAAAGGAUGCUCAAACGAAAUUCCGCCGGAUUGCAUACUAUCCCCCUGUAGAAAAGGAGGAUAAGAAUGGGGAGGCCACUGGCUCACAAGGCCCUGACUCCAGAGCAUCCACACCACCCCCGUUGCCUGCUGAUGUUGACGAAGGAUACAGUAUUGUUCACUGUCUCCCGCUCACAGGACGAACCCAUCAAAUUCGAGUUCAUCUUCAAUUUCUCGGUCACCCAAUUACAAACGACCCAAUAUAUUCAAACCGCCGCGUCUUUGGUACCAAUUUAGGCAAAUCUGAAAGUACUGGUGAAAACGAUGCUGAAAUCAUCGAUCGUCUUUCACGCAUGGGCAAAACUGAGCCGGCAGAUUCCCUCUGCUACCAAACCUUCCAGACUCCACCCCCAGAGCGUGUUACCCUAGGUGGUGAUCCAAAUGUUGUCAACGAACUUCUUGCGCGCGAGCACGAUGUUAUGAUAAAUGACUAUCUUAGGAGGAAAUGUGAAAAGAUGAACGGAGAGAAUUGUGAAAUAUGCGGCACUGAACUGUACUCUGAUCCGGGUGUACAUGAGAUGGGUAUAUUUCUCCAUGCAGUUGCAUAUGCUGAUAAUGCCGGUAAAUGGAAAUAUAAGAGCCAGAUGCCUGAAUGGGCCAUGCCGCCUGAAGGUGCUGAAGGGCCAACGGAGGCACCAGAGUGGACCGAAGACAUAGAUGGUGCUGUUGUUAUUGGGAAAGGCAUGAUGGAAGAUGAUGAAACGGCUUUGGUAGAAGGGCUGGGUACUAUCAACUUGACGAAGUUAAAGGAAGAGAAUGUGAAAGCGGAACCUGUUGCGUCUAGCGGCUAA